AUGCAGCUUCGUUUUUGGUCCCUUUACCUUCCCCUUCCCCUUCAUCUUCCCCUUCCCUUUCACCUUCCCCUCCACCUUCCCCUUCCCCUUAAUCUCCCCCUUCACCCUUUUCUUCACCUUACCCUUCCCCAUUACCUCCCCCUUCACUUUUCCCUUCCCCUUCACCUCCCCUUUCCCCUUCCCCUUCACCUCCCCCUUCCCCUUCCCCUUCCCCUUCCCCUUCCCCGUCACCGUCCCCUUCCCCUUCCCCUUCACCUCCCCCUUCCUCUUCCCCUUCCCCUUCCCCUUCACCUUCCCCUCCCUUUUCACCUUCUCUUUCCUCUCCCCCUUCACCUCCCCUUUCCCCUCCCCCUUCCUCUUUCCCUUCACCUCCCCCCACCACCCACCUUCCCCUCUCGCACCGCACAUGCCGACUUCCCUUUCUUGCCCACCUUCCCAUCCUCCUUCCCCGUCGUCUUCCCUUGCACCUCUGACAACCUCCCUUUCUGCACCAUCUGCGUGCCUACCACCGGACCAUCCACAUCUCUCUUCACCGUGCUCGAACUGCCUCCUUUAGUGCGCCUCAUUUGCCGCUUUGCCUUCCCGCCAUCUUUAUCAGCAUCGCCCUCCUCGUCCCCGUCAACACCCACAAACCUCACGAAUUUACGCUUCCUCCCCGCCUCACCCGGCCUCUGCUCGUCCUCCUUCAGUCUUCCUUUCAACUCCUCCCUCGCAUCCCUCCCCUCCCCUUUCUCUGCUUUCACAACGAGCCUUUCCCCUGUGACGCCCAUCAGCUCCCUGCUCACCAUCACCCCUUCCACUUUCAUCCCACCACCAUCACUCUCUCCUCCACCUCCUGGCACAGACAGCACCACAGAAGGCACCAGCUCAUAA